UGAUCCUAGUAUCAUACGAAAUCUGAAUAGCCUACACAUUGGAUUGAAUUUGUAUCAUACGAAAUCUGAAUAGCCUACACAUUGGAUUGAAUUGGUACAGUGACUCACACCCUUUUGUAAGGAGAGAUUAUGCUGUCUUAACAUGAAGUUACCCCAACUCCACCAUUGUGUAUCAAAGGCAAAAAAAGGUAAGCUUGCCAAAGUUUACAAUGAUCUAUGAACAAGCUCAAACUCACCUACGUCCGCUCCCUGAAGCUACCACCGCCACCAGUAAUUGCCGCCGCAACAACCACUACGAAAUCUUUCAAUGCCACAAUCACCCGGCUCUCCGCCCAAGGCUUCCACCGCCAAGUUCUCCUCACUUUCACCUCCAUGCUCAAGUCCCCCACCGCUACUCCUGAUGCUUUCACAUACCCUUCCCUUUUCAAGGCUUGCACUUCUCUUAGCCUUUAUUCCCUUGGCCCCUCGCUGCACCAACAGAUUAUCAUUAUCGUUAAUGGGUUCUCCUCAGACCCCUAUGUUUCCUGUUCACUGAUUAAUUUCUACUCAAAAUUCAAUAACAUUGGCUAUGCCCGAAAAGUGUUUGACAUGAUGCCUCACAGAAAUGUCGUCCCGUGGACAGCUAUUGUUGGAUGUUAUGCUCAUGCUGGUGAUAUGAGAAAUGCAUUCUUGAUGUAUAACUCUAUGCAGUCUGAAGGCAUCCUACCUUGUCCGGUUACUAUUUUGAAUCUGCUUUCGGGGAUUUGCGAGAGUGAGCACGUCAGAGCCUUGCAUGCUCGCGUGAUUAAAUGUGGUUAUAUGCGCGACAUAGUUUUAGUCAAUUGUUUACUGAGUGUAUAUGCCAAGAGUGGAAGAGUAGAAGAUGCUAGGGAGUUGUUUGAAUUGUUGGGUGAGAAAGAUAUUGUUUCUUGGAAUAGUCUAAUUAACGCCUAUUCUUCAAUGGGGAACCUUAAUGAAGUUUUAAAUCUCUUCUCCAGAAUGAGGGUUGAGAAUAUAGAACCUGAUCAGCAGACUUUUGGGUCAUUGGUCACUGCUGUCGCAAGAGAAGGUAGUUUUGAAGUGGGAAAAGUUGUACACGGGCAGAUAGUUACUUCUGGAUUUGAAUUGGAUAAACAUGUAGGAACAUCACUUGUAGCAUUGUAUUCAAGAUGCAGAAAGGUGGAUGAUGCAUUACAAAUAUUUGAGAGGGCAGCUGAUAAGGAUACAGUAUUUUGGACAGCUAUGAUCUCUGCCCUUGUACAGAAUGAUUCUGCCGACGAGGCAUUGAGAGUGUUUCAAGAAUUGUUGGUUUCAAGCUUGAUGCCAUCUUCUGCAACCAUGGCGUGCAUUCUUGCAGCUUGUGCACAACUCGGUUCUACUAAACUUGGAACAUCAAUACAUUGCUACAUAUUAAGGCAACAAAUGGCUGUAGAUAUUCCUAUGCAAAAUUCUCUUGUUAGUAUGUACGCGAAAUGUGGCCUUCUGGAGCAGAGUUUUAUUGUUUUUAGCAUGAUGGGAGAAAGAGAUGUUGUUUCCUGGAAUGCAAUUGUUGCUGGGUAUGCACAGAAUGGAUAUUUAAGUGAGGCCUUGGACUUAUUUCAUGAGAUGAGGGUAGCUCGCCAACAACCGGAUUCAAUCACUGUUGUUGCCCUUCUCCAAGCAUGUGCUUCCAUUGGGGCAUACCAUCAGGGAAAGUGGAUUCAUAAUUAUGUUGUCAGAAACUGUCUAGGACCAUGCAUUAGGAUAGGCACAGCCUUGGUUGAUAUGUAUGCUAAAUGUGGUGACCUAGAUUCUGCUAGAAAGUGCUUUGACAGAAUGCCACAGCACGACACUGUUUCUUGGAGCACUAUUAUAGCAGGAUAUGGUAGUCAUGGGAAAGGGGAAACUGCUUUGGAGAUGUACUCUGAGUUUCUGCAGAAUGGGCUUUCACCCAAUGAUGUCAUUUUCUUAUCCAUCCUUUAUGCCUGCAGUCACAACGGGCUUGUUGAUAGUGGUAUGAUGGUGUUCGAGUCCAUGAAAAAUGAUCAUAAGAUUGAACCAACAGUUGAACACUGUGCAUGCAUUGUUGAUCUCCUUUGCCGAGCUGGCAAGGUACAAGAUGCAUAUGCCUUCUAUAGGAAGAUGUUUGCAGAACCAAUGGUUGAUGUUCUUGGCAUAUUACUUGAUGCUUGCCGGAAUUCUGGCCAGGAAGAGCUUGGGUGCGUUAUUGCCAAGGAAAUUUCUGAACUCUGGCCUGCAGAUGCUGGUAAGUAUGUGCAACUAGCUCACAGCUUUGCUUCAAUGGCCAGAUGGGAUGGUGUGGGUGAAGCUUGGUCUCAAAUGAGAUCUCUUGGACUGAGGAAACUGCCAGGUUGGAGUUUCAUUGAAAUGCAUGGCACAAUCACCCCAUUUUUUACGCGCCAUAGUUCACAUCCUGAAUAUGCAAACAUAGUCUCCAUGUUGAAAAAUCUAACAGAUGAUACUAAGGAAGUAAUAUCAACUUCAGAACAUGAAGAAUUUUCCCUUGAUUCUUAUGUGCUUUGAAAAUGAGAUGCAGUUUCUCUAUUCGACUUUCCCACUGUUUCAAAUAUGGCUGCCAUGAGAGGCUCCCAAGUUGCUUGCCAUAUGGAGGUCGUAAACUUAACCUCCUGCCUGGUUCCCUGCAAAUUAUGUGCUCUUUUUAAAUAUCUAUUGCGAACUUAUCUUCACACUUGGAGCUGGAAUGGAUGUAUUUAAGAUUAACUUGGAACCAGAAUUCAAACAGAUCUGCAUCCUCAACUGCAAUUAGGGGCCAGCAAGAAUACAGUCACAGCCCAAAAUCACAUUAGAGUUGGAAGGUUUUAUCCAGAUCCACUUGCUCUUAAAGGUGCAUUUUGUCAUGAAUUUCCAGAGUUGCAGAUAAACAUCUUCCUAGCAAACUCUUUUCUGGUGAAGCACAUUCUUGCUUGGGAUGGUUUCCGCCUUCUCAACUGUCUUUUCUACAUGUUUACCAGGCAUUGGCAUUGAAGUAGGCAAGGCCAAUUGAUACGGGGCCUGGACCAACAUUGAAAGAAAGUGCAACUUCUGGAACUGCUGAUAGACCUUUUCCCUUAAAGAAGAAAUCUUCAUUCACUGCAACUAAAACCUCGGGAAAAGUUAUCUAGUUAGACCUUCCCGAUAAUGAUGCCAAAUGAGAGAACCAAUAUUGUAAACAGGGAAAUCUGGAGGUCACACAACUUGGUGAUUUGGAAAAGCACACUUGAUAUCUCAUCUGCCAGUGAGAGCAUAUUCAUGUUUUAAUUUCUGUUAACUGUUAUUCAUUUUCUCUGACAUAAUGAUAAAGAAAACGAUAGGGAGAAAAGAAUUUACAGAAAUUGGAAUUCCUAUAAAAAUGGAUUGAUUUUAAGCUGAUUGAUACAAUUCGUUUGCCCUGCUACUGUGGUUUUCAAUAGAAGUUUUCUCUAUAAUAGUGGCUGCAGGAAGUGAUCAAGAAAAGAUGGAAGAAUAGAAGUAACAGUUCAGAACAAAGAAAUAGAACAACGAAAGUCCUACACUAUAAACCUCAGGGGAUAGCAACGAAAAAGAGAUACCAAAGUCCAAGUUGAAAUUGUAUUUCUAAUCGGGCGUAUUUGCACAGAAAGACUAAUAAAAGUGCAUAUAUCUGCAUUUUACUUGUGAAAUUAAUAGUUGCCAAAAAAUUCCCAUAUAAUGAAGGAAAAUCACUACACUAUUUUCUCCUGUACAUAUAACUGAACCAUACAUAAAAACAGAGCAAAAAAUUCCACAAAAUGAAAAAUUUUAGCUACUUUCUAUUGCUCAAUUUACAGCAUUGCUAACCCCAGCUCUGGCA